AAUACACAGAGAGAGAGAGGUAGAAAGCAGAAAGAGUAAGAAAAGAGUGAAAUCUGAAGAGAGAAAGAGAGAGUGCAAAAAUGGGAGAGAAGAAAGUGAUGUUGGUGGCUAUGGAUGAGAAUGAGCACAGUACUUAUGCUUUGGAAUGGACUCUACAAACCUUCUUCACGCCUUUCCAAUCUUCUCCGUCUCCUUUCAAGCUUGUCAUUCUCUAUGCUCGCCCCUUCGCUCCCAUCCCGGCCAGCGUCGCCGGCCCUUAUGUGCUGCCGACAUUGGAGGUGCAAAUGAAGAUGGUUGCUGAUCAAAUUACAGGCAAGGCAAGACAGAUAUGUGCUGAUAAAUUAGUGGAAGAUGUGGAAGUGGAAGUGAUAGAAGGGGAUGCAAGGAAUGUGUUGUGUGAUGCUGUUGAUAGACACCAUGCUUCCAUCUUGAUUCUUGGUAGCCAUGGCUAUGGCAAGCUCAAAAGAGCAUUUCUGGGAAGUGUGAGUGAGUAUUGUGCUCAUCGUGCCAACUGCUCAGUGAUGAUUGUGAAGAGGCCUAAGUCCAAAAAUUAAAGCCACUGAUCUUUUCUACAGUUCGUCUCUCAUAUUUUUCCAGUUCAAUAUAAUUAUAAUACACACUUUUUAAAAAAAAAAUUGUAUGUAUUUAUUUAAAUCCAUGUGAGGGUAUUUGUAUUUUGUAUAUGUAAGUAAUGUCCGAUGCUUUAAAGGUGCGGAACAAUUAUCAGUUUAUUUCAUAUUUUGUAUGGUGAUGGAUGACCCUUCACUUUGUUAUUAA